GUCCGGCCGCCCCUCCUCCUCCCCCGGCCUUCCCCUCCCGGGGCCCGCAGCCGCCGCCGCCGCCUGAGGAGACGGGACCCGGCUCGCCGCCGUCGCCUCCAGGAUGGACAGGAUGGCGGAGGACGGGCUGCGCCUGAACCUGCUGAAGCGCGGGCUGGAGCCGGCCGACGAGCGGGACGACGCCCUGGCCAAGCGGCUGAAGGUGGAGGGCCACGAGGCCAUGGAGCGGCUCAAGAUGCUGGCGCUGCUCAAGCGCAAGGACCUGGCGGGCAUCGAGGUGCCCCACGAGCUGCCCUCCAAGCAGGACGGCGCCAAGGCCUUCGAGGAGAAGCUCAACGGGAGCCUGAGGCCCCACGGCGGGGACGGGCGGACGGGCGGGCGGCCCGGCAAGGAGAACAUCAACGACGAGCCCGUGGACAUGAGCGCCCGCCGCAGCGAGCCGGACCGGGGGCGGCUCACCCCGUCCCCCGACGUCAUCGUCCUGUCCGACAACGAGGCGUCCAGCCCGCGCUCCGGCUCCCGCAUGGAGGAGAGGCUCAAGGCGGCCAACCUGGAGAUGUUUAAGGGCAAGGGCACGGAGGAGCGGCAGCAGCUCAUCAAGCAGUUGCGGGACGAGCUCCGGCUGGAGGAGGCCCGCCUGGUGCUGCUGAAGAAACUGAGGCAGAGCCAGCUGCAGAAGGAGAACGUGGUCCAGAAGACUCCCGUGGUGCAGAACGCGGCUUCCAUCGUCCCGCCGUCUCCCGCCCACGGCGGUCAGCAGGGCCUGUCCAAGCUGCCGGCCCGGCCCGGGGCCCAGGGGGCGGAGCCCCAGAACCUGAGGACGCUGCCGGGUCACAGCGUCAUCCGCUCGGCCACCAACGCGACCCUCCCCCACAUGCUGAUGUCACAGCGGGUCAUCGCUCCCAACCCCACCCAGCUGCAGGGCCAGCGCGGCCCCCCGAAGCCGGGCCUCGUCCGCACCGCCACCCCCAACAUGAACCCCCCCAUCAACUACCAGCCGCAGUCGAGCUCGUCGGCCCCGUGCCAGCGCACGGCGGCGGCGGCGGCCUCCUCGGCCAUCUACAUGAACCUGGCGUCCCACAUGCAGCCGGGGCCCGGGGCCCGCGGGUCGUCGCCGCUGCCCAGCCCCAGCGCCCUGGCCGACGCCGCCAACUCGCAGGCCGCGGCCAAGCUGGCCCUGCGCAAGCAGCUGGAGAAGACGCUGCUGGAGAUCCCGCCCCCGAAGCCGCCCGCCCCGCUGCUCCACUUCCUGCCCAGCGCCGCCAACAGCGAGUUCAUCUACAUGGUGGGCCUGGAGGAGGUGGUGCAGAGCGUCAUCGACAGUCAAGGGAAAGGGUGCGCCUCGUUCCUGCGCGUGGAGCCGUUCGUGUGCGCCCAGUGCCGCACGGACUUCACCCCGCACUGGAAGCAGGAGAAGACGGGGAAGAUCCUGUGCGAGCAGUGCAUGACUUCCAACCAGAAGAAGGCCCUCAAGGCGGAGCACACCAACCGGCUCAAGAACGCCUUCGUCAAGGCCCUGCAGCAGGAGCAGGAGAUCGAACAGCGGUUACAGCAGCAGGGGGCCCUGUCCCCCACCACCGCCCCGGCCGUGUCCAGCGUCAGUAAACAGGAGACCAUCAUGAGACACCACACGCUCCGCCAGGCCCCCCAGCCCCAGAGCUCUCUGCAGCGCGGGCUCCCCACCUCCGCCCGCUCCAUGCUGUCCAACUUCGCACAGGCGCCUCAGCUGUCGGUGGCGGGCGGCCUCCUCGGCAUGCCAGGUGUCAACAUCGCCUACCUGAACACGGGCAUCGGAGGCCACAAAACCCCCAGCCUGGCGGACCGGCAGCGGGAAUACCUGCUGGACAUGAUCCCGCCCCGCUCUAUAUCGCAGUCCAUCAGCGGACAGAAAUAACCCCAGCCCCGGACCCCCGGACCCUCCCCGGACCCCUCCCCGCCGCAUGCGGUCCCGGUCCCGGUGCCCGCCCCGCACGGAAAAAUGACCGGAUGAUAGAAACCCCCGCCGCCCCCCC